AUGACUAGACAGGAGAUCCCCAGGGUGUCUGCCACCAGUGAAGUCGGCAAGAUAUGGCCCACCGUCCAAGAGCAUGGCGCCACUAUUAUCAAAAACUUCCUUCCCCCCGACGUGGUACUUCGUUUCAAUCAAGAGAUCGAUCCCCACGUCAAGAUCGAAACGGUACCAGCUGCACAACUCAAGGACUGCCCCAACCAUGUGUUGUCUACCACGACUCGAAUAACAAAUGUUCUAGCCGAGUUGUCCAAGACUUAUCGGGAGGAUAUUCUGAACAAUAAAGUUCUCAAUGACAUCUCCGAGGAAGCCUUCAAAGUGUACGGAGACUACUGGGUGCUGAUGGGCGCUGUGAUGGAACUCGCCCCAACAAAUCCAGCCCAACCGCUCCACCGGGACAUGCGCUACAGCCACCCAAUUGUCGAUUAUCUCAAACACGAUGCCCCUGCCACCUCGAUCAAUCUACUUGUUGCCCUGGCACCAUUCACCGCCGAGAAUGGAGCCACCCAUGUCAUUCUCGGAAGCCACAAGUGGACUGAUAUUAGUCAGGCUACCAUGGAUCAGACCGUUCGCGCUAUCAUGAAUCCAGGUGACGCCCUGUUGAUCACGGACAGUACGGUUCACUGUGGAGGUGCCGAUAUCACUGGCACGGAGACUCGGCGUCUCUUAUCCUUGACCAUGGGUGUCAGUCAGCUUACUCCGCUGGAGAGUAACUCCACCGUUCCCCGUCCCAUAAUCGAGAGCAUGACGCCUUUGGCUCAGAGACUCGUGGGUUGGGGUAGUCAGAAAUCCUCUGUCCCUAAAGAUAUCGGAUUAUUGACCAUCCGUGGAAAGUCAAUCCAAAAGGUGAUGGGGUUGAAGUCCGAGAAAUUACUGGAGGAAAGUGGCUCUACCUGA